AUGGAUGAGGGCUCGGACCCAAAGCCCCCUCGCCGAAAGAGGGUCUCCAGAGCUUGCGAUCGGUGCCGUAGUAAGAAGGACAAAUGCGACGGUCUUCGUCCCGCCUGCACCGCCUGUCGCGCGUCCGGCUUAACCUGCUCCUAUGAUCCGCACGCGAAGAAGCGCGGUCUGCCUGAAGGCUAUGUUCGCGGUCUCGAAAAGCUCUGGGCCUUGUCAAUAUGCAACAUCGAUGGCUUCGAAGACACCAUGCUGGCCCUCUUGGGUAACACCUCUGAAUCAACUGGUCGCAGGGAUAGGCUCAUGGAUCUAUGGGCCGACGAUGGUGCGUCGGAGACAUUGCACGAGUCGUGGAAAUCAAGCCGUCUAUACGGUGUACUGGAAAAGAUGCUCUCGACGUCGGCUGCAUCGCCGGUAACACACCUCUCGGGUAAACGCCCUCGGGAGGAUGAGGGCGUUGGCGUUGACGGCGACUGGGGAUUUCGCAUCGAGCGCAGCUCGACGCCCAUCCCCAAAGGCGCACCUCGCGCAAUGGAUCCACCUAUGUCUCCGAACUCCAAAAGGCCACGGCUGUCCCAACCGGUGGAUAGUGCCUUGGUCUCCCAGGCCGCCAAUACGCUUCAUGCGCCGCUGCACUUGCCCGCUCUAGCGUCGCAAUUGUUAGAUCUAUACUUUGCGACCACCCACUCCUGGCUUCCAAUUGUCCCAAAGCACAACAUCCUUCGGGCGUCCUACCUCUAUGCAAAUGCGCCGCUGUCUGUGGCCAAGGAGGCUCCUGGUUCGGGAGACCAUGCCGCGCUAUGGGCCCUCCUCAGUUACACCUUUUCUCAAUCACUGACAAACCCGCAAGACCGGUCCGUCCUGCACACGACAAGGGAGUAUUAUUCUGUCGCACGCAGCUUGAUCCCUGCCGAGACGGAACGAUACGAGAUCGGACACGUCCAGGCCUUGCUUCUGCUCACUUUGGUGAACGUUGGUGUGGGGGAAUGGAAUGCUGCCUGGCUGUUGAUCGGCCAAGCAGUCCGUAUGGCCAUUGCCUUGGAUUUGGGCAUCCUCACCGACAUGCGCAGGUCGGAGGACGUGCGGCAAGGGAAAGCUGUUUUCCUUGGAUGCUUCGUGUUAGAUUCCUUACUGUCCUUCCGCCUAUCGCGAAGACCGUGCAUGCACUCGCAGGAUUUGAGCACCGUGGGCCUACUGGAGGAGGACGGUCUCGAGGAAUGGAAUUCUUGGGCCGACGUCCUUCCACCAAGUGGGGGUACACAGGGGAGAAAUUCACCCCGACGCGGUCCGCUCCGUGCUAUCAGCUGCUUCAACCGGCUGGUGGAAUUGGCCAGCGUGCUAAACAAUAUCGCUCGAGAGUCUACUACCGAAUCCAUUGCGCCCGCCGCUGCCCAGCAGUUGGUUCUUGAACUCAAGCAAUGGGAUGAUCGUCUGCCCUUAGGAUGCCGGCUAAUAGGGCCGGAUAGCAUCUACCCUGAGCGACAUUCGGCGCUUCUCCCGCAUCAAAGCUACCUCGGUAUGACCUACGUCGCUACAUUACUCUGGCUGUACCUGCGUAUUGCCCCUCAAGAACUCGAGCGGCAUCGCACACAGCGGCCGGCCGUCGAAGGCGCCAAGAAACUUCUAUAUCGCGCUCUCCCCAUGAUAUCUCAGCAUUUGGAUAAUUUCGGGUCUUGUGGACUACCCCCAAUAUUUGAAUUCUCACUACGAACCAUCGCGCAGCAAGCCUUCAUUUUGAGAAAGAAGAUUGAGCCCGAGGUGUUUCCUUUUGGCCGAUGGACAGAUGCACUGCUCCAACACACCAUGGAACUCAGCUCCACCUGGUCGGUCUAUCGCUCACUCGCAACCAAUAUUGAGGAUUGGUAUCAGUCCAACGAGAUCUAUGAGUCUGCAGCCCCUACUCGAGGCUUCGACGCGACCACAAUCCGACCUCCAUACAUACCACCCACAACCAUGUUCGCUCCAGACGCCAUGGCGAUGCCAACAAGACAGCAGCCCUUGGACGAUGAAACAGCGAUGCAUCCCCGUCCACAGAUGAGACUAUCAGAAACGGCUUACCCGCCAUCCGUCCUCGGCAUCAGUAUCCCAGUAGAUGGGCAAUACAUGACGCCCAAAGACGCGACAGCGGAUACCGCCGACCCAUCCAUGCUGGACAUCUCACUCCAACCCCAAAUCGACAGAUCUCGUGGAAGCACCCUAGCCGAGAAGCCGGGGAGUUCCAAAAGGCCCCCUCCCACCUCGCACCCACAACCCCCCACCCCAGACUCCUCCAUCUCAAACGCACCACCGCCCGGAACCCCAGCCCCCACCGACCCCCAUAUCCCCUCCAGAGAAGAAAACAGGAGCCUACACCCGGCCAUCCCAGACACAGAAAGCCUCCCCCCAGCCCCAAGCAGCAGCAGCGACAUAGACGCCAUCUUCUCAGACCUCGCCUACCUCGACACCACAGAAUGGGCCACAAGCCGCGAAGCAGGAUUGAAAGAUUUUGGCUUCCUAGACGACAGCACAUUCCAAGCGUUCUGUCACGACCCGGACCGUCUGGUGGGCUCUGAACCGUUGGUCCAUCCUUCUUCUAUUGCGGAUAUAUGGCCGCCGCCGGGGUUCUUUCCCGAGACGUUUCAGGAUUCGGCUAGACUUUUCGAGUGUUAG